AUGACGAGUGCGUCCGGCAUCUGCUGUACUGACGUCACCCGCGACUGUGUUUUCGGCGGCACUACAGGAAACCAUUUAAAUUGAUAGCCCAACGAUGAGACUUCGACUUCGACUUCGACUUUCCAAGACUCACCAUGACAAAAAAAACAAUCCUCUCAGGUCUCAAAGAUCAAAUGAAGGCAAUGCCUCCGGUCGUCAAAGUCGAUCUCUCUGGGAAGACUGUUAUCAUAGUUGGCGCCAACACUGGUCUAGGAUUUCAAGCCACCAAACAUUUUGCUACCAUGAACCCAGGGAGGAUUGUCAUGGCAUGCCGGAGUGAGGAGCGAGGACAAGCUGCUUUGGAAAGGCUGAAAAACGAAACAGGUUACCAGAAAGCUGAACUCUGGUUGGUCGACCUUAGUCGCUUCUCCUCUGUCACCGCCUUUGCGAACAGGUUCGAAGCCGACGGCGGCCGCCUGGAUAUCCUCGUUCUUAAUGCCGGCGUCAUUCCGACUAAGGAGUAUCUGACUACUCCUGAUGGAUGGGAAUCCGCGCUGCAAAUCAACGACAUCGCAUCCCCUUUGCUUGCACUACGUCUGCUUCCUCGCAUCUUACACACGGCUAAAGAAUACAAUACCACGCCGCGUAUCUGCGUCGUAGCUAGCGAUGUUCAUUAUUUCACGAAUCUUCCGAAAAGCGUUACGGAUGGCGAUAUAUUAGCCACACUCUCGAGCAAGGAGUAUUGUACACCAAGCAACAUGCAGACCAAACGUUAUUAUGUGACAAAACUCCUCAAUGUAUUUUUUGCUCGCUCUCUGCAAAGUCGUCUACCAGACUCGAUCAUCGUCAAUUCCAUCAACCCUGGGUUCUGUGCGUCAGAAUUGCGCCGGAGCAUUACAGACACCUGGUAUAUGGCACUUGCCGAUUGGGCCAUGGUUAAAUUGAUCGGUUACACGGCAGAGGAAGGUAGCCGCCAGCUGGUAUGGGCUGCCGUUGCAGAGGAUCAGAAUCUACGUGGCGGUUAUGUGUCUUUUUCAAAGGUAGUAGAGCCUAGUGAUUAUGCGAUGAGCGAAACGGGCCUGAAAGCACAGGAGAAGAUAUGGGCUGAGUUGGUUGAUAUCUUGUCCAAAGUCGAUGAGAGGAUUCCCAACGUUAUCGAAUCAUGCUUGAGCAACUAGAUAAUAUUAUGCGCACAACGUUUACUGUCAAUAUUACUAUAUU